ACGGUUUGGAAUUUCUAUUAAGCAAAUACUGCUCUGAUUCGUUGGGUGUUUGAAAAGGCAUUUUUGAUAAUUCAUUUCAAGAAGCCACUAUGUCUCCACAGCUGCAAUUUCCAUUUCUUUGUAUUUCUUCCAACUAAUCUAGUGAUUCCAAUGAGUCAAUCACUCUUCUUCCUCAAUUGUGGCAGGCAUGUCUGUUACUGUAUCAUCGGUGCUAAUGCCGCUGCAGCAGCAUUUUCUGCCGAAUUUGUUGUUGUAUCAAAGAGAUAACAGGGCGCAUGGCCUGAAAAUCACCGAAGCCAGGCCUAUUUCUCCAAAACAAGUCACAUCGCCACUAAACGUUUUCACAGUGAUCUCAGAAUAGCUUUAUGCUUGAAAUGAUAGCUUCAAAAAUAAAUACAGGGGAUAAGUAGUCCCAAACGCGCUUUGAGAUCCGUGCAUAGAUACGGAGCGGUAUCUAGUCCCUUUGCCUAGCACAAAUAAUACCUCCCUUCCAGC